AUGGAGAACGUAUUGGCAUUGGUUCGUGAUGAUGCUGGAGUCUGGAGAGACCAAGAGGGUCAUGUGUGUAAUGAGAGAGGCCAGCGACUUGAUGGAGAGGGUAACAUCAUCAGGACGCUGGGUGAUUACAACAGACCUGAGCAAUUCUAUGCAAAUCGGUCUGCGAUUCGCGCUCCUGCGUUUCAGAGGAAUGAUUUUGAGCUCAAGCCUGUGUAUUACACUCUUGUGGGUCAGCAUCCUUUCCAUGGUCUUUCUCAUGAGCACCCAAUGGAUCAUAUUGAGAGGUUCGAGGACUUGUUGGAGCCAGGAUCACUAACUACUUGGGAAGAGACCAGGAACACCUUCCUGCACAACUUCUAUUACGAUGCCAGGUCUGAAGAGUUGAGAUUCAAAAUCACUCAAGGACCAACUGAAGCAUUCAAGGCUGCUUGGGUGAGAUUCAAGUCAUAUCAGAGAGAUUGUCCACAUCAUGGUUUCAGUAAUGUUCAGCUGCUGGGUAUUUUCUUCAGAGGUGUUGAUUGGAGGUAUCAGAUGGCUCUUGAUGCUGUGAGCAAUGGGGACUUCAACACCAGAUACCCUGAAGACGCUGUUGUGCUUAUUGAGAACUUGGCAUCUAGCAAUAGUACCAAGAAUGCAGACUAUCAGCGAAAGAAGCAGGGUGGAAACAUGGAUGGAUCGCAGAUUGCUGAGCAGAAGGCUAAGCUUGACUCUGUGCAUAGCCUUCUAGUGGGUAAGAAGUCCGUCCGAUACGCUACAGAGGUUAAGAAUUUCGAACCAGAUGAAGCACUUGAGGAAGAGGAUGUUAACUUCAUCAAUGGAGCUGGAUUUCAGGGUCAGAGAUUUGGUUUUGGGCAAGGGAACACGAAUUCCAAUGGAAAUAAUCAGAGGAGUACCUUCACAGGUAAUCAGAACUCUUCUGGUUACAACUCCAAACCUCAGUACCAGACAUCUUACUCCAACAACAGUUUCUCAAGGAACUAUGAUGCUCUUUCCCCUCAAAGUCCAGAUAAUGAGGUGAAGUCUAUGCUGGAACAGAUCUUGGAAGGUCAGCAGAAGAUGACAGUGGACUUUAAUGGGAAGAUUGAUGCUCUGUAUCUGGAUCUGAAUGGAAAAAUUGAAGUUCUGAACACUCAUGUCAAGAAGCUUGAUACUCAGGUUGCUCAGACUGCAGAGUCUGUAAAAAGGCAAGAAGGAUUCCUUCCUGGAAAGACUAAUACCAAUCCUAGGCAUUACUGCAGUGCCAUCUCGUUAAGGAGUGGUAAAAAGUUGACUCCUGUGCUUAAAAAGGGUGUUUUUGAGGAUGAAAUCGUGGAGUUGGACGAAUCUGAAGAAAAUUUCGAAACUGCAGAGCCGGUGUCGAGCAACACCACCACUAGUGUCGCGCGACACCAAUUGCAGAGCAAAGCCGAUAUUGCUCAGAAUCCAAAGCCAACAGAGGAAAAGGUUUACAAACCUCAGGUUCCUUAUCCAAGGAGUCCUAAGAAGUCCAAGCAGGAGCUAGACGAUGCUAGAUGCAAGGCUUUGAUGGAGAAGCUUGUCAGUGCUGUGAUUCAGAAUAAGAUGCCAGAGAAGCUCUCGGACCCAGGAAGCUUUGUCUUGGACUGCUUUAUUUUCUCAGAGAGGUUCAAGAGAUCACUGUGUGAUCUUGGUUUGAGUGUCAACCUCAUGGCAUACUCUGUAGCUAAUACAAUAGGUGUCUUGGAGGAUGUUCCGAUCAAAGUUGGUGAUUGCGUAAUUCCUACAGAUUUCGUGAUUCUGGAUUAUGGAGAGGAACCCAAAGAUCCUCUUAUCCUGGGAAGAUCGUUUUUAGCUACAGCUGGAGCGGUGAUUGAUGUCAAGCAUGGUAAUCUUGAUCUCCACCUGGGAGAUACCAUCAUGACUUUCAAGAUGGAGAAGCUGAAGGAUUCGACCAUAGAUGGUCAGACAUUCCAAGUCAAUGCAAUACCUGAAGUGAUAGUUGGAGAUCAGAACGUGUUUCAUGCUGAGAAGGUGAUAGAUCAACCUGAGUUGACUAAGACGUCUACAGAACCAGUAGCUGCUAUUGAUCAGGAAGCUCCAAACAUCUCAUUCCAUUCAUCUCCACCAAAGCAAAGAGCACUUGGUUUUUUGAUUGAUGAUAUACCAAAGCAAAGGUCAAGGUCACAAACACAGAUCUCACCCUAUUGCUAUUCCUGCAUUCCUUGGACGACCUCAUGCGCACAAUGCUUACACACCACCAUGGAUGAGACGACUUUCACAGAGGCAUUCUCUGCCACUGUCUGA